UCUCUUAGAGCUUAAGAGAAGUGAUUAUUCAUAUAUUGCCGACGACCGAAUCUCAAAUUCUGUGGUCACCAUCCAAAUUUCAAGAUAUUUAACCCUUUUCUCUUCCCAUUAAAUCGCCCCUUAUUCUCAGAUUCCCCCAAUUCCUUUCCCCCUUUGUUUUCUUUCUCGAACCAAAGAUCCAAUUUUUAUUUUUUACCAUUUUUUCUUACGGAGAAAUUGCGAGAUUCUCAUUUGUAAAUCGAGCAAAAUUGGUGACGCGGGAGGCACCAACCGGGGUAAAAGGUUUGUGUCUCCUCUUGUAUUGAUUACAAAGGACCAAAGCAAGAGAAGGCAGAUGGAAUUCGAGAGCAGCAGUUGGAUAAGAGAUGGGGUCUGUUUCUACCCCCAUCUCUUUGGUGGUAUUAUGAUCACUUGUGCGCUGCUCAGUUUCUCAACGAGCUACUUUGGUAUGAUUGGUGUUCCAGCCAUGCCUCAUCUUUUCCCCGACUUGAGGGUUUUCCACAAGAAAAAAUCUGCAAAGAAACGUGUCCGUGUGUAUAUGGAUGGAUGUUUCGAUCUGAUGCACUAUGGUCAUGCCAACGCACUGAGACAAGCUAAGGCACUUGGCGAUGAAUUAGUUGUUGGAGUUGUCAGUGAUGAAGAGAUUAUAGCCAAUAAAGGUCCUCCAGUUUUGUCUAUGGAAGAAAGGCUGGCCCUUGUUAGUGGACUAAAGUGGGUGGACGAAGUCAUUCCUAAUGCUCCCUACGAAAUUACAGAAGAAUUUAUGCACCGACUUUUCAAGGAGCAUAAAAUUGACUAUAUAAUACAUGGUGAUGAUCCUUGUCUUCUUCCUGAUGGAACUGAUGCUUAUGCUCUAGCUAAAAAAGCUGGUCGCUACAAGCAGAUCAAACGUACGGAAGGUGUCUCCAGUACGGAUAUUGUAGGAAGGAUACUUUCGUGGGUGAAGGAAGCUAAUGCCAAGAAACCAUGCUCAGAGUUACCCCAAGCAGAUGAAAGUGAAAGUGUAAACAGAAACACGAAUAACAAAGUCCAAGUAAAGGGUGCCCAGGUCUCGAGUUUCCUACCAACUUCGAGAAGAAUUGUGCAAUUUUCAAACGACAAGGUUCCUGGACCAAAUUCUCGCAUUGUGUACAUCGAUGGUGCUUUUGAUCUUUUCCAUGCUGGACAUGUGGAGAUUCUAAAGAGUGCCAGGGCACUUGGUGAUUUCCUUCUUGUUGGUGUUUAUCCCGACCAGACUGUGAGUGAACUUCGUGGCAGUCGUUACCCACUGAUGAAUCUCCACGAACGCAGCCUUAGUGUGUUGGCAUGCCGUUAUGUUGAUGAGGUCAUCAUUGGUGCUCCUUGGGAAGUCACGAAAGAUGUGAUAACCACGUUCAACAUAUCUUUGGUCGUUCAUGGGACAGUAGCUGAGAAGAACCCUCUCUUGAACGGGAAACCGGAUCCGUAUGCGGUUCCAAAAUCUAUGGGGAUUUUCCAGACGCUGGAGAGCCCGAAAGACAUCACUACCACUUCAAUAGCAGAGAGGAUCAUUGCCAACCACGAGAUUUAUUUGAAACGGAAUGCCAAGAAAGAAGCAAGUGAGAAGAAAUAUUACGAGGAGAAGACAUUCGUGGCAGCUGACUGAGGUUAGGCCAGAGACGAGGCCCUGGAGAAUUUAGAGAUUGAUGCUCCCCUCCUGUUGAGGUGAUUCAUGGGCAGAUCGAAUCCCUCUAUAUAGUUUUGUUCUUAGGAAUCCGUCGAGAAGAAGAGAAAAGAAACAACCUAGGACUGUCGAUUCUUUUGUAGCAUUUUAUUCUGCUUUUAUAUAGCAGUUUCACCUCUGUGUUUGUAAAUUAUCAGAUGCCGCCUUUUUUAUUCGUUUAUUUUUGGGCAUCUCCGGCUUCGGUAGAGCCCUAUGGGAGGCCAA